UCGGUCCUGCACCACAGUGGGACAUCAGCAAACUUCAUCAGGACUGCACAGCAUGGAGCUCAUCACCAAAACCCUGUUCCUGUGCUUUGCACUUGCCUUCACUAAUGGAGUGCCUGUGCCUUCAGAUGAUGCAGCAACAGAACAGUCUGAUCUACCAGACCGGUGUGAAGGAAUUGAGUUUGACGCCAUCACUCCUGACGAGAAAGGAAACACUUUCUUCUUCAAAGGUAGCCACUUGUGGGCGGGUUUCAGUGGUCCAGCUCAGCUCUCCAACGCGUCCUUCAAGGAGCUCGACGACAUCCAUCACAUUGGUCAUGUAGACGCUGCCUUCCGCAUGCACAAUGCCGAGAACCCCGAAGACCACGAUCACAUCUAUUUCUUCCUGGAUGACAAGGUGUUCAGCUAUUAUGACCACGUUCUGGAGGCCGGGUAUCCUAAACAGAUCCAGGAGGACUUCCCAGGAGUCCCCUCUCACCUGGACGCUGCUGUUGAGUGUCCCAAAGGAGAGUGCACUGCUGACUCAGUUCUGUUCUUUAAGGGACACGAUGCGCAUGUUUAUGAUAUCGCCACAAAGACAGUGAAGGUCAAGACAUGGUCCGACCUGCCCGUCUGCACCUCUGCUUUCCGCUGGCUGGAGCACUAUUACUGUUUCCAUGGACACAACUUCACCAGGUUCAACCCCGUGUCCGGAGAGGUGAGCGGUCCAUACCCCAAGGACGCUCGCAAUUACUUCAUGAAGUGCCCCAACUUUGGUCAUGGAGGUGCUUAUGAAAUCCCGAAAUGCAGUGAGGUGAAACUGGAUGCCAUCACCACUGAUGAUGCAGGCAAAAGUUAUUUCUUUGCAGGUCCCAUCUACAUGCGUCUGGACACCAGUCGUGAUGGUCUUCACGCUUUCCCGAUCACCAGGGCCUGGAAGGAGGUGACCGGCAGCGUGGAAGCUGUCUUUUCCUACGCUGACAAAAUCUACUUUAUCAAGGACAAUCAGGUUUACAUCUAUAAAGCAGAUGCUCCCUACACCCUGAUUGAAGGCUACCCGAAAACACUGAAGGAGGAACUCGGUAUUGAAGGACGUGUGGACGCUGCUUUUGUCUGUCCCGCUGAACACACAGUUCAUAUAAUCCAAGGAGGGAAGCUCCAUGACAUCGACCUCACCGCCACACCCAGGGUGGUGACCCAAGAGUGGCCCUUGCCCUUGACUGAUAUCGAUGCUGGUACAUGCGAUGCAAAUGGAAUUAAAGUGUUUAAGGGCUCACAGUAUUACAGCUAUGCAAGCCCCAUGAUAUUGGCUACAGCCAGAAUCAACCCUGAGCCUGAAAUUAUUACCAAAGCAAUGAUGGGAUGUCAGGAUUAGGAGUCAGGCAUUAGAGAAUGUGCCACAGUCAUGUGCUUACCAUGCUCAAAGAUCGAUAUACAAAAGCAUACCGGCAGGGUGGCAGUGUGGAAUCAAAGUCACUGGUAAAACGUUGAGCAUUUGUAAGAGCUCGGAAAAGUCCUCCCUCCAUGCACGGUGGAGUUUGAGCUAUUUGGUGAAUAAAAUGUGGAAAACUACAAA